AUGUCACCUCCUCCUACUCACUUCGACACUCUCCAACUGCACGCAGGCCAAGAACCAGAUCCGACAACCAAUGCGCGGGCAAUUCCUAUCUAUGCGACAACCAGCUUCACGUUUAAUGGAUCGGCUCAUGGCGCGAGACUGUUUGACUCGGAGGCAUGGGGCAAUAUUUACAGUCGGAUGAUGAACCCAACCGUCGAUGCCUUCGAGAAACGAAUGGCAGCCCUCGAAGGUGGCGUUGCUGCAGUAGCUGCAUCCUCCGGCCAAGCCGCCCAGUUCAUUGCCAUUGCAGCCCUCGCCCACGCCGGCGACAACAUCGUCAGCACAACGAACCUUUACGGCGGCACCUACAACCAACUGAAAGUCUUCCUCCCCCGUCUCGGCAUCAACACUAAGUUCAUUAAGGGCGACAAGGCAGAGGACUUCGCCACCGCCAUCGACGAGAACACCAAAGCCGUCUACAUUGAAAGCAUUGGGAACCCCAAGUAUAACGUCCCCGACUUCGAAGCCAUUGCAAAAGUAGCACACGAGCAUGGUGUGCCCCUGGUGGUGGAUAACACCUUCGGGGCGGGAGGAUAUUUCGUGCAGCCCAUUAAGCACGGCGCCGACAUCGUCGUGCACUCGGCUACUAAAUGGAUCGGCGGCCACGGGACCACAAUUGGCGGUGUCGUCGUCGACUCGGGCAACUUCGACUGGGGCAGGCACGCCAAGCGCUUCCCGGCGAUGGUCGAGCCGAGCCCGGGGUACCACGGCCUGAAGUUCUGGGAGACGUUCGGACCGAUCGCCUUCGCGGUCCGGGUGCGCGUCGAGAUUCUGCGGGACGUGGGCAGCGCGCUGAAUCCCUUUGCCGCGUUCCAGCUCAUCCAGGGUAUCGAGACUCUCAGUCUGCGUGUGGAGCGCCACGGCCAGAACUCGUUGGCGUUGGCGAAGUGGUUGGAAGCUUGCCCGCAUGUUGCCUGGGUGUCGUACCCGGGCCUGACAUCCCAUCCAUCUCAUCAGCUGGCACAGAAGUACCUCGCGAGAGGCUUCGGUGGCGUCUUGAGCUUUGGUGUCAAGGGCGGGGGAGCGGCAGGUAGCCAAGUGGUGGACGGCUUCAAGCUCAUCUCGAAUCUGGCGAACGUGGGCGAUUCGAAGACGCUGGCUAUUCAUCCGUGGAGCACGACCCACGAGCAGUUGAGCGAUGAAGAAAAAGGCGCGAGUGGUGUCACGGAGGAUCUCAUCCGUAUCUCAGUCGGUACGGAGCACAUCGACGACAUUAUUGCCGAUUUCACGCAGUCCUUUGAGGCUUUAGCGAUAGCCAAGACGACUGGCAGCGCGGAAAAGUUGGAGGAGACUGGUGGUGCUGGCGGGGACGCGAAGCUUAUUAUUUAA